AUGAGUUUCUUUCCUUUCUUUUUCUUUUUUUUUUUUAAUUCCAGAAACGAAUUCCCAGGAUUAGAAGCGAGGGUGGAGAAAUCGAAAUGGUGGACGAACAAAGACAGCGGUAAAUACGACGCGGAGGAACUGAGGGAAGUCAGGUGGCUCGAGGACGCGAUAAAGGCGUACGCGAAAGCGUUAGACACGCUGUGCAAGAAGAAGAAGUGCAAGAGCCAAGUGAACGCCGUCGACUGGAACAAUGUCCUGUCGAACGUGAUCGCGGAUCACGCGAAGGAAUCUCAAUCGAAUGCCGGGUCUCUCGAGCUGUUGAUGAAAGCGAAGGCCUCGGAUCUGCAGACUAUAGGCACGAUCGCCGUCGGCAAGAACAAGGUGAAGUUGCAUUGGGGCGACGACGACGACGACAAGAAAGACGACGACAACGAUAAGAAGGACGACGACGACGACGACGACGAAGACGACGACGACGAUAGUGACGACGAGGACGACGAAGACGACGAGGAUAAGAUGCCGAAAACAUUCAAAAAACUGAUCAGUAAGGAGAAAGGAACGAAGACUGGCUGCGCUACCACGCCUAAGGAGAUCAAGAUGUUGCACGAGGAUGACGACGAGGCUGCUCAGGUUCUCGUAUCUGAGAUGGAUAACACCGAGUGGUGGACCAUGGUUGGUACAGUGAGCGGUGUCGGUGUGGCGAUGUUCGUCGUCGGAAUUCUAGCAGUUUACGUGGUCUACACGAAUAUUCGCGGCCCAGUGGCGCCGAAGAACGCCCGCAUCGAGAGAGACACCAGUCUGAGAAGAGUUGGCAGCGACAGGGAACCACCUGUUCGUGCCCAGAGACAUCCGCGUACGUUGCAAAGGAGGGACAGCAACAGAAGCAUCAGAAGCACCAUCUCGGAGAAAAGCGUCUGAUGGGAUUUCUCGAUGCAGGCAAAAUCACAACGAUCACACGCUAAUCACACGCUUGAACGAAUCGAAUAUUUCGGUAUUCCACGAUAUCUUUCACUAUAUAGGUUUCAACUAUAACGAUUUGUAAGUCGUUUCGGCUUAUUUAUCAUUAUUUUAGUGCGUCACGCAUUGCGUAGAAACUUUGAGGAAGCAGUCUCUCUAUUGUACGUAUCAGCAGAAAAUCUCAAAUAUCGACAAAAUGUCAAGAAAUCGUCCUGUUUGCUUAUUACCUCUCUUUCUCUCUCUCUCUCUCUCUCUCUCUCUCUCUCAUUUUCUCUGUCCCUCUCUCUGAAUUUGAAAAGGAAAAUGAUUUUACAGCAAAGAACGAUAUAUCUUUUAAUCCUCCUGCUGAACAACUCGCCACCGUUAAAAAAGAAAGAAUUUAAACCGUUAUUCCGAGCGUUCGAACUACGAAGGAUCGAUGUAUAAACUUCUUUGAAAAAAAAAAA